UUUACUACUUGUUUGUGUUACUAGUAUCGUUAAGUUUUAAACCGUUUUAUUUAAGAAAAAUGGAUGUAGCCGACAACACGGUUGGUCAGCGUCAACACAGAGACGAAAUCGGCAUCAGAUGUCAGAAACUGUUCCAGGAUUUCCUCGAAGAAUACAAAGAAGAUGGUGAGUUAAAGUACCUCGAACCCGCCAAGGAACUGCAAAACGAAGAACGCAGCACCAUCGAAGUCAGCUUCGAGGACGUAGAAAAGUACAACCAAAACUUGGCGACCACCAUCAUCGAAGAAUACUACAGAACGUACCCCUACUUGUGCCAGGCGGUCUCCAACUUCGUAAAGGACCGCACUGACUUAAAGAAAGAAAAAGAAUGUUAUAUAAGUUUCAUGGAUGUGCCCACCAGGCACGUUGUUAGAGAGCUGAAGACUGACAAAAUUGGCACCUUGAUCAGGAUAUCUGGUCAGGUAAUCCGGACGCAUCCCGUACAUCCUGAGCUCGUGUCUGGCACUUUCGUCUGUUUGGAUUGUCAGACUGUUAUUAAAAAUGUGGAACAACAGUUUAAGUUUACACAACCGACGAUCUGCAGAAACCCAGUGUGCAGCAACAGGCGCCGUUUCAUGCUCAACAUCGACAAGUCGACGUUCGUGGACUUCCAAAAGGUGCGCAUACAAGAAACGCAGGCUGAGCUGCCCCGUGGGUGCAUCCCAAGGAGCGUCGAAGUUAUACUACGUGCUGAAAACGUCGAAACUGUCCAGGCUGGAGAUCGAUAUGACUUCACCGGUACUCUGAUAGUUGUACCAGAUGUUGGAGCCAUGGCUCUGCCUGGCGCCAAGACGCAAAUUAGUUCCAAACACAAGCACGGCGAUGAAAGUGAAGGUGUCAGGGGGUUGAAGGUAUUGGGUGUCAGAGAUCUGCACUACAGGAUGGCGUUUUUGGCCUGCAGUGUCCAAGCCACCAACCCUAAAUUUGGUGGCAUUGAUAUGCCCUUAGGGGAAAUCACUCCUGAAAUAAUGAAGCAACAGAUGACUGAUGGAGAAUGGAAACACAUGUAUGAAAUGUCCCAUGACAAAAACUUAUACAACAACAUGAUCAACAGCUUGUUCCCAAGCAUCCACGGCAACGACGAAGUCAAAAAGGGGAUUUUGUUGAUGUUGUUUGGUGGCGUCUCCAAAACUACCAUAGAAGGCACUGCCUUGAGAGGGGACAUCAACUGCUGCAUUGUGGGUGACCCAAGUACUGCCAAGAGUCAAUUUUUGAAACAAGUCUCCGAGUUUUCUCCACGAGCUGUCUACACCUCGGGCAAAGCGUCUUCGGCAGCUGGUUUGACUGCCGCAGUGGUAAUGGACGAGGAAACCUCGGACUUCGUAAUCGAGGCGGGCGCCCUAAUGUUGGCCGACAACGGCGUCUGCUGCAUCGACGAGUUCGACAAAAUGGACCCACGUGAUCAGGUCGCCAUUCACGAGGCUAUGGAACAACAGACGAUUUCUAUAGCCAAGGCCGGAGUGCGUGCCACCUUGAACGCUAGGACGUCAAUAUUGGCGGCCGCCAACCCGAUAGGAGGACGCUACGACCGUGCCAAGUCUCUGCAGCAAAACAUCAUGCUCAGCGCCCCCAUUAUGUCCAGGUUCGAUUUGUUCUUCAUUCUGGUGGACGAGUGCAACGAAGUCAUCGAUUAUGCCAUAGCCAGGAAGAUCGUCGACCUGCACAGCAACAUCGAGGAGGAGUCGGUGCACAGGGUGUACUCGAAACAAGAGGUGCUGCAGUACAUUUCGUUCGCCCGCAAGUUCAAGCCUAUUAUCAACAACGAGGCAGGUGAACUGCUGGUAAGGUACUACAACAGACUGCGUCUGAGGGACAGCACCACCUCCGGCAAGUCCACGUGGAGGAUCACGGUGAGGCAGCUGGAAAGUAUGAUCCGGUUGGCCGAGGCUAUGGCACGCAUGGACAUCUCCGAUGAGGUGCAGCCGAAGCACGUACGCGAGGCCUACAGGUUGCUGAACAAGAGUAUUAUCCGUGUCGAACAGCCCGACAUCCAUUUGGAUGGGGAGGGCGAUCAGUCGAUGCACGAGGACGAAACGCCGAUGGAGGAGACGGUAGAAAGUUCACAGCCGGCCAAGAAGAAGAUGGUGUUGAGUUUUGAGGAGUACAAGACGUUGAGCAAUAUGAUCAUUGUACAUAUGAGGAAGGAGGAAUCUCGAUUGGAAAAGGAGAAUGAAGAUGGGACCAGAAUGAGUGAUGUUGUGGGCUGGUACUUGAACGGCAUUUCUGAUACCAUUGAAACUGAAGAGGAGCUCAUUGAGAAAAAAGAGAUGUUUGAAAAGGUUUUGGAGAGGCUGAUAUACCAUGAUCAAAUCAUUAUUCCAUUGUCCAAAGUAGGACUUAAGGGGAAAAACCAGGAGGAAGAGGAAGACCCAUUGUUGGUGGUGCAUCCAAAUUACAUCAUUGACCAAUAGUAUUACCUUGUUUAUAAAUAAAACAUUUUUUAAUAUUUGUA